AUGGCGAUGAUGAGCAAGACGAGGGAUUUGCUGGAGGGGUUGGUGAGGGAGGGGUCGUUCAAGUGGGUUUUGAGCCGCAGGACCUCGUUCGACGAGGAGUUUGAGGAGAUGGGGCGGUCGCCGUCGGGGCGGAGGAAGUGGAUCUCCGAGCUCUCCCCCAUGGCCAACGUCAUCGUCGGCAGAUGCUCCCGAAUUCUUGAUGUUUCAAUGGAUGAACUCCAGAAUAAUUUUGACAAAGAAGCAUCUGAUUCCAUAAAGCAUCCCUCUAAUUAUGCAAGAAACUUCUUGGAGUACUGUUGCUUUAGAGCACUUGCUCUUUCUUCUCAAGUCACUGGGCACCUAGGGGACAAAAGUUUCCGUCGUCUGACAUUUGACAUGAUGUUAGCCUGGGAAGUUCCUUCUUCUAGUCAGCCUAUACUUAAGGUAGACAUGGAGAGUACUGUUGGUGUAGAGGCUUUUUCUCGAAUAGCUCCAGCGAUUCCCACCAUUGCAGAUGUAAUUACCUGUUUCAACCUUUUUGAUGUACUUUCAACAUCAUCUGGAGGGCGUCUUUCAUUUGCUGUGUAUGAGAAGUACCUUGUGGAGUUAGAAAGAGUUAUAAAGAAAAUGAAGACUCAGUCUCAAUCUUCUCUUCUUUCAAGUCUUCGGUCAGGCAGGGGAGAAAAGAUCCUUGAGGUCGAUGGAACAUUAACAACCCAACCGGUACUUGAACAUGUUGGAAUCUCAGCAUGGCCUGGGAGAUUGACGCUAACUGAUCAUGCUCUUUACUUCGAAGCUCUACGAGUAAUGACCUAUGAUAAGGCAAAAGUAUAUGAGCUUGCAGAUGAUUUAAAACAGGUUAUCAAGCCUGAGUUGACUGGUCCAUGGGGUUCACGGCUAUUUGACAAGGCUGUUAUGUACAAAUCCAUAUCAUUAUCAGAACCGGUGUUCAUGGAGUUUCCAGAGCUUACAGGCCAUUCCCGCCGUGACUACUGGCUGGCCAUUAUGCUGGAAGUUCUUUAUGCUCAUAGAUUUAUUAGAAAGUUUCACAUAACUGGCGUCGAAAAGGAGGAAACACUCUUGAAGGCCGUUCUUGGCAUUCUGCGGUUACAAGCCAUUCGAGAGGUAGUGCCAUCAAUGCCUAGCCGAUUUGAUGAUCUCUUGAUGUUCAAUCUUUGUGAUAAGCUUCCCGGAGGUGAUGUUAUACUUGAAACACUUGCUGAGACUAUAUCGUCUAGGAGUUUAGAUCGUGAAAAUCGAUCCAGUGUAGGGACUGGAAUGCAUUCGAUGUCAGCUUUGGCUGUUUUGUCCAACUUGGGAUUAACAUCACAAAUUGCUAGCGAUGAAAAGCUUCUUGUUGGUGAAAUAGUUGUAGGGGAGAUGAGUCCGUUAGAAAAGGCUGUCAGUGAUUCCAGGAAUAAUUAUAAGAGGGUUGAGCUGGCUCAAGCGACAAUUGAGGGAGUUAAGGUUGAUGGGCUUGAUACAAAUUUGGCGGUGAUGAAGGAGCUGCUUUACCCUGUCACUGAGCUUGGAAAGAUGCUUAUGUCUUUGGCAAUGUGGGAUGAGCCUCUCAAGUCUCUGGUGUUCUGCUGUGCAUUUUCUUACAUUGUAAUCAGGGGAUGGUUAGGGUAUGCACUUGUAAUGGUGCUUCUCUUUAUGGCAAUAUUCAUGUUACUGACUAGAUUUAGUAAUCAAGGAAGGCCAAUUAAUGAACUCAAGGUUGUGGCUCCUCCCCCUAUGAACACAAUGGAGCAGCUCUUGGCUGUUCAAAAUGCCAUUUCUCAAGUCGAGGAGAUUGUUCAGGACGGGAAUAUCAUUCUCUUGAAGCUAAGAGCUUUGCUUCUGGCCGUCCCUUCUCAGGCAACAGACAGAGCUAUACUCGCGCUGGUUUUUAUGGCCUUAGGUAUCGCGCUUCUACCGACUAGGCUAAUACUCCUGCUGAUGUUCCUGGAGUUAUUCACGAGGAACUCGCCGCCGAGGAGGCCGAGCACGGAGAGGUGGACGAGGAGGAUGAGAGAGUGGUGGUUCAGCAUACCAGCUGCCCCUGUGGUGCUUGAGAGUGAGAAAGAAGAUAAGAAGAAGAGGUGAAAGUUCUUUUCUUGUAUAGUGCUCCAUAUAUCUGUAUCUGUAUCUAUCUUGUUCAUCCUAUAUCCCUUCAUAAACUGUUCUCUGCUAAUACUAUACAUCCAUUGCGGUAUGUGUAAGAAGUGAAAGUUCUUUGGCAAAUGUUAGGGCUUAUAUUUCUUGAA